AUGCGGUGCUGUGUGACGCUGUUAAUGCUGGUGCUAGCUUCACGAAAUACAGCCUCCGAGGUGGCGGUGUGUUCACUGCCUGCCAGUGCGCUGUACAUUUCAGACGGCGGCUCGCUCGUUGCAUGUGCUGCAAGUGGCUCUUCAACACUCUCGACCCAGUGCCAGACUGCGUGUAGCUGCAGACGAGUCGAGUACGACCAGAACGUGUACGGCGUAUGUAUCAACAGCACCUGGGGCAUCGAUUGUGGUUCUGUCGAGAACGCGACGCAAUGCGCACGAGGAACAGCAGAACCAACAUCGGGAAGUGCUGCAAAUAUUGCAGGUGCAUUGGCAAGCGAUGAUAACAGUGGUGGGCGCACCUUGGAGGCGUGGCAGUGGGCGCUUAUCGGCUUGGCUAUCGCAUUCGUAGUAGGGCUGCUGAUAUUCAUCUUUAACUGGUUUAAACAUCGUCCUCAGCGUGGUGACAAUCGUAGAGAGGUUGUGCAGUCGAUGGAGCAAAGUCGCUCACAGCCUAAGGACGACAUCGAUAUGUUGCCUGUUGCCAUUCGUGACCAAGCGAAAACAGCAACGAGCAACCGUGAGAGUGCGGCCCGGACCACUACCCGUUCGCAUGAUACGAACCCGUCCCAGAUAUCGGGAUUUUCAGGCGGAAGCUAUCGCACCUAUGCAGGCAAUCCCAUGAGCAGUACACUGACGGACACCGAAAUUGUGGCUCAGCAUCAGGAGCGAGCAUUUUCAUCCAUCAGCGAUUCUGCUAAAUCGGCGAGGUCAUCUGACUAUUCUCAAGGCGUUGACACGAAUACGACGUCAAACACUGCACUACUGGGACGCACUCGUGCACAAAGCAAUAGUAGCGACUUAGAACCCUACCCGGCGUUUAGCAGCUAUUCUAUCUCAAGUGGUAUGGACUCGUUUUCCAGCGAACUGAAAGUAGAAGGCUCAGAGAUGGAGACAAAAGAGAGCGCUCCAUACCCGCGCAAGAAGUCUAUUGAAUUUUAA